CCGUCUGUUGCUGGUGGAGAGGACGCAGCCCAGCCGCAGCCCGCCAUGUACCAGAAUAAUGGGGGCUCCAUGGCCAUGUCGAUGCCUGCAGAGAUGGCAGGCCUCACACCCAUCGCCGACCAAGCCUCCGAGCUUCCCAUGGGCCUCGAUGACAUGAUGCCCGUAGAUAUGGACCUGGCCGCCGCCGACCCCCAGCAGUCGCAAUCCUUCACCCCCUUCUCCCACCACCACCAGCAACAGCUGCAGCAGACGGUCCAACAACCAAACACCCCCCCGCAGUCCGACAUCUUCUCCUUGCCCCAAGAUGGCAACCUCAGUGGAGCAGGCGCCGGCCCCUUGCCCACGGGCUUCGGCGCCCCCAGCCUCAAUACCACCGGCAGCACCCUCACCGAGUUCACCAAGCGUAGAAAUUGGUCGCAGCGUGUCCUCGAAGAACUGCGCGAUUUCCUCCAUAUCCUGACCCCGGACGGCAGGAUCCUCUACGCUUCGCCCUCAUGUAAAUCUCUGACUGGAUGGGAUGCCGGCCAGCUCAUCGGCCGCUUUGUUGGCGAAUACAUCCACCCGGAUGACAGCGGCAUCUUUGUGAGAGAGUUCAACGAGUCCAUCGCCUCUGGGAAUCCACUCCGCUUCUUCUACCGGUUCCUCAAGGAAGACAAAACAUGGAUCAUCUUCGAGGCCCAUGGCCAUCCCCACCUCAGCAGCGACCCAAGCUCCUUCGCUCCGCCGAAUAGUCUGGCCUGUCGCGGCUUCUUCAUGAUGGCUCGACCCUACCCUACCAAGAACGCCGCCCUCCUUGAUUCCUUCCUCGAACACAAGAUCGAAAACGAGCGCUUGAUGAAGCGGAUAGCCGAGCUCAAGCGCGAGGAAAAGGACGAACAGGAUACCAUGGAUAGUGUCCACACAAAGCAAACGGACGGCGUUUCGUCCGUCAAAUCUUCCGACAUGGCAGGAGGGCAGGCAGAAAGCGAGAGCGCCAUCGCGGACUACAACGCCAUGCCUCCGCCAGCGAAACCCGCUGUUUCCAACACGGCCCUGACCCGGCAAAAUCUAGACGAGGCGCUAGCAGCUAGCAGGCCCGACAGCAUAAACGACAAGAUGGCGCGGUACGAGGGCUCCAACCACCUGGAAACCAUUGAGAUGUUGACUGGUCUUCGGUAUCGGGACGGAGAGCGCUCGCAGGGUAUCAGUACGGGAGAACAUAGCCCCAUGCUCAUUCGAGGCGAUGCCGGUAUCCAGAUAUCGCUGGAUCGCGAUGGCAGGAAUUCGUCAGACAAGAAGAAGAAGCAGAAAAUGGCAGAUGAAUAUGUAUGCACCGACUGCGGUACUCUUGAUUCUCCAGAGUGGAGAAAAGGCCCCAAUGGACCCAAGACGUUAUGUAAUGCUUGUGGAUUACGAUGGGCGAAGAAGGAAAAGAAGAGACAGGGCCAUGCUACUGGUGGUGGUGGUGGUGGAGGCGGCGGCGGUAUGAACACUCCCAACACGCCAUCCCUCCUCAUGCACACCAGUACAAACAGCAGUUGA